AUGACCUCGGGGCUGACGGUAGGCCUCACACUCACGCUCACGCUGACUCUGCCGCCGGCUGUGAGUGUGAGUGCCGCGCAUGGCAUUGGCGUUAUGUUCCAGUUUGGAGGCGAGAGCUACAGACCUUUCUGCACAGAGGCAAUCCCCUUACUGGUUGGAGUUAUCCAGGCCCCUCAAUCCAAAGUAAAGGAGAACGUCAACGCCACAGAGAACUGCAUCAACGUUAAUGAGAUCCUCCCCCAUUGGCUGUCUUGGCUGCCACUCAAUGAAGACAAAGAGGAAGCUGUCCAUACCUUUGAUUUCCUGUGUGACCUUAUUGAAAGCAACAAUCCCAUUGUUCUUGGUCCUGACAAUGCCAACCUGCCCAAGAUCUUCGUGAUUAUCGCUGAGGGUGUUAUGAGCGAAUCAGUGAAAGGAGAGGAUGGAUGCAGCAAGAGAUUGGCCAAUGUUAUUCAUCAAGUACAGGUCUCUGGAGGAUUAUGGACACAGUGUGUAUCGACGCUCAAUGAGACACAGCAGAAGGCCAUCCAAGACCUGCUCAAAGGCUCCCCCUCUGCCAGCCCAUAUAAUAAUAAAAUGAUAUCCUAGCACUGGGGAUAAACAUCUUAUAGACUCUGGCCUUUCCCCUCCUCUCUUGAGCAAUGAACUGUAGCGUGCGUGUGUGUAUGUGGACCUCUCCGCUGCUUGGUCCAAACAAAAAAAAAAUCUCAC